AGUCGCUGUUUGGGACGCUGGGCGUGCGGUGUUCUGUCUCCGCUCCCGUUUCGCUGUCACAGCCCGUUCCUUCCCGGAGCCCGGGACAGGCUGGGCGCGCGCCGGUGUGAGUGAGCGGGACUCAGGGCAGAAGUGUCCCCUCGCUGCGUUUUUUUUCCUUUUAUCCAAAGAACGGGGCAGUUAGUACGCUUGCCUUCCUGUCGCCCGGUUGGGAGCGGGGUUGGUGUGCGGAGUGGUUCGCCUUUUUUUCUUUAGAACUUGUGAGACUUUUUUUUUUUUUUUUUUUUUUUUCUUUUUUUAGGCUCAGUGCUGUCCGGGCUGGUUUCCCCGGUCCCUGACUAACCGCUUUCUGCCCCUUCUCUCGCCACCCCUGCCCAAGGUCGCCCCUCUACCUUCGCCCCUGUCCCGGGAGGGUGGGAAGCUUUGACCCUGCCCUGCCCACUCGCGUCUCCGCAGCCGUAGCCGCACCUGUCCCAAUAUGAAUAGGGUCAACGACCCACUUAUUUUUAUAAGAGAUAUUAAGCCCGGACUGAAAAACUUAAAUGUCGUCUUUAUUGUCCUGGAGAUAGGACGCGUGACCAAAACCAAAGACGGCCAUGAAGUGAGAUCGUGCAAAGUAGCAGAUAAAACGGGCAGCAUCACUAUUUCCGUGUGGGAUGAGAUCGGAGGUCUUAUACAGCCAGGGGAUAUUAUUCGGUUGACCAGAGGGUAUGCAUCCAUGUGGAAAGGAUGUCUGACACUUUAUACUGGAAGGGGUGGUGAACUUCAAAAAAUUGGGGAAUUUUGUAUGGUUUAUUCAGAAGUGCCAAAUUUCAGUGAACCCAACCCAGAUUAUCGAGGACAGCAGAACAAAGGGGCACAGAGUGAACAGAAGAAUAAUUCCAUGAAUAGUAAUAUGGGUACAGGUACAUUUGGACCAGUGGGAAAUGGUGUUCACACUGGCCCUGAAUCAAGGGAACACCAGUUUUCACAUGCUGGCAGAAGCAAUGGCCGGGGACUUAUAAAUCCACAACUACAAGGAACAGCUAGUAAUCAAACAGUGGUGACCACAAUAAGUAAUGGCAGGGACCCUCGGAGAGCCUUUAAAAGAUGACCUAUGCUAAAUACUCACGUGUAGUUUUUAUACUACAUGCUCUACUUGAACACUUACUGCACUUUCAUUUAUUGUUAACUGUGAAAAGUAUGUCCUUUAUUGGGUUUCCUUUUAUAUUCUUGGUUUGUUAAGAAGAAUGGUUUGUUUUUAUAGCAAAACUGUUAAGCUGCUCGAGUCUCCCAUUGAAGAAUGGGAACAUUGAAAAGUAGGGGCAUUUAUUUUUAGAGCAAAAAGAUUAUUGGAUAGCCUCUAAAAAAAAACCUGCACCCAUUUCAUGGGUGAGUUACUUAAGACAUCAGCUUUAUAGCCUCUAUGAGUCUAUCUUCUGUAAAAGUUUUGUAAUAUUUAACAUAAGGCUUAAUGGGAGAUGUUCUUUUGUCUUGUAUUCAGAUAUUGCCAACUAAAGCAAUAACCAUCAAAAAACACAAGAACUUGUCAAUGCUAGCAGUAAUUUUUGAGUGUUUGUGGCUCUGGGAAUGAUUGACUUCAUUGAGUGACUACCAUUAAGAUUUUCCAAGGACUGACUCAUCCCAAAUUUUUGUUGUAUUACCAAAAAAACAGAUUCCUUAUCAGAAUUUGGAAUAGAAUGUGAUCUCUAUUGCAACAAGUAAUUUUAAAAGAAAGCUACAUUUAUUUUAGAGUAGUGUUCCUAAGAUGUAUUAUCAACUUUGUGGGUUACAUUGGAGGAAAAUUUAAAACUGGGGCCUUGAAUAUUUAUUUUUUGAAACUACCAUGUUAAAUACUGAAGUAUAAUUUGAGGGAGUUAUAAAGUUAGGAUAAACAUUGAUCUGAUUAUUUUGAAAAAUAAUUGUGGUAGUAAACAUACUGGAGGUGAGUCAAAUUGAAUUCAUAUAGUAACAUGCAGUCUUAAGUCCUAGUUAUUUAACAGGUACUUAGCCUGGAGUGAAAAUCCUGGGUACUGACUUUGAGAGGGGUGAGUGUGCGUGUUGUCAAAGUUUCUGAACACAGUUCAUGUAGCCUUAUUAGCAAAAGUUUUAAGAAAUGGCUCUAUCAAAGAAGCAAUUACAGCUUUAUUCAGAAAUAUAAAAGUGGAAUUUAUGUACAUGUUAUAAGUGAUACCCACUUCCCCUUUUUACUGUAGGGUGGAUAACUCUUAGGAUUUAACUCUUUGAAUAUUAUCUCUUGAAUAAAGCGUGUGUUAAUAAUGUUAACAAACCUA